GCUAACUUUCUUUCACACAAACAAGGUUCCAUCAUAGCAAAGACGACAACUUUAAGCAAACAUCAACAGCACCGACAUUAAAAGUUGUGUACGACUAAAAAAGAAUCAGUAAAAAAAACAGGAAUAAGUAGAUUUGAUAUAAGCAUUGUCAUCUCGACAGAUUGUAAAUCUAGUUAAAACACUCGCACAAAGUUUGGUGGGGGAAAGGAAAAACACAGUUUGUGGCAGUUGGCAAAGUAGCGAAGGCGCUGGGGAGAUGAGCGCUUUGUUCACUGGAAGCUGUCUUGUAGAGGGGUGUAGUAGCAGAGUUCCGUUAUGUUAGUGCCAACAACAUGGCUAAACGUUCCUACCAACUGCCACAACUGUUGCAGUGGGCGCUGUUAGAAAGUUGAUGGAUAUGGAUGGUAACACGUCAGAUCAUAGCCUACCAUCCAGUGACCAUACUGGGGGCACUUGGAUCCAGUCCUGGGAAAAGGAUAUUCAUUCAGUUUCAAGAUUGAACUUGGAAUCCAACAAUGAAUUAAAUGGCUUGGUGGAAGACAAGGAGAUAGCAGCCCGAGCUGUAGCAUUGGUUGUUAACAGCUCUCGGAAAGGGAUUGUACCACUUUGUGCUGAUGUAGCAAAUCUUUUGAGAGCUAAAAAAAGCCUUGAAAAAGAUAUCCUACUUUUGAAACAACAGAACAAUGUCUUACAUUCAUCUUCUGCCAGUAUGCACACAAGCCAUUCCACAAGCCCCACCCCAACAUCAUUGAACUCCUAUCAGGAUGGUUCCACUCUCAACGACCCUAAUGCCCAGGAAAGAUCUCGUCCCUGCUCUCGAUGUAGCCAGUCAUCAAGUGUAUUAAGUAAUUCCCCAAAGACAGACAAACUGAGGGGUCAUAAACUAUCAGGAUAUUCCUACUCUCCUAACCACAAUAACAACAACCACAAUAACAAUAACAACAACAACAAUAACAACAGCAGUAAUGAUGUUCACAGCAUUACUCCUGUGAUUAAUAAACUCGCUGAUAGCCCCACAUCUCCCAGUCGGUUUCGUGCCUCCAAGUAUGCUACAACACAGCCCAAUUCAUCAACAGAACCAUCCCCUAAAACCUUACACAAUGGCAUUAUCACACAAGCAAUUAUUCAUCAUCCUCCUGAUUCACGGCCAAACUCUACUGACCUCCCACCUGAAUCUCCCACCAGCCUCUGUGAUGUUCCGGCUGACGUAUGUUCUCUUACUGAGUCCUCUUCUUCGGAUCGACCAAGUGAAGAAUUGACCGAUGACGGUCAUAAACGAAAGGAUUCUUUACCAGAAAUUGUAUCAAAGCCAAUACCACAUUUGCCAAAAUCUAAUGCAACGGUUUCCAAAGAAGUGCAAUGUCUUCUGUCACCUUCCAUAGAAGACGAAGACAAUUAUAGUCAAUCAAGUCAAAAGUUAGCUGAAAAUCUUGCUGAGGCUUUACAAGAAAUUGAAAUAUUAAAAAGAAAGAUAAAAGAAUUAGAAACGAAUCAACUCUCAUCUCAACCAGCAGAGCAGCCUUCAUUUAUCACCUCACCACCGCCAGCUGCUGUCCAAAUUGUACAACCCAUUCCCAGUAUGUCAGUUCCCAUCAAAGAUUCUCAGGAGGAGCCUGAUGUGAUGAUUGUCAAAGGAAGAGUAAAAGAACAAGUGAAGAUUUUUGGACGUCAGUGCUCUCCUUUGCAAUCUCAGCAAGAUUUGACUUCCACCCCAAGUUUGGUAAAUGGAUCUCGAAAAGUUUGCCCUGCUGUUCCUAAGAAACCAGUGCGGAAUCCAUUUGCUUGUCCUUUGCCAUUAUGUAAAUGUGAGUCUUGUAUGCAGGCAGUUGCAACUGCUGGUUCUGAUGGAAGAUUGCCUACAACAGAUCAACUGAUUCGGUCCUACCCUGUGAGUCCAACGCUACAUGUCCGAUUAAAUGACCAUAUUAUGGUACGUGGAAACCGGACAGGACAUAUCCGUUACAUUGGUCAUCUUGAUAAGAUGGAUUCAGCAAAUACAGUGUUUAUUGGUUUGGAACUUGAUGCCCCAGUUGGGGUCAACGACGGCUUUUUCAGUGGAAAAAGAUACUUUGAAUGUCUAAAAGAUUAUGGUAUGUUUGUCACCUUCAAUGAGGUUGUUUGCUUGGUUAAAAAGGUUUCCAGUAUUAAACAAGCUUUAGGUAUGUCUGUUCCAAGCAAAGAAGCUUCUGAGCCCCUGUGCAAUUCAGGCGCUGAUAUUUUGGACCAAUUCUCGUGUAGAAAAACUAGAGUAAAAAAUGACAGCAAUGAGGUAGAGAUUGAAGAGCAAGUAGCACUUUUAAGUGAAAGCAUUCGCCUCUGACACCAAUUAAAGUACCUGACUCUCGGUACCAUUUGUACAUAUGGAUUGUCUUGGAGCAAUUGUCUCCCCCCUCAAUGAAGUGGCAGGCAGCAAGCUGAGAGGAAGUCACAGUCAAAACAGUUGAAACAGAUUUUGUCAACUUUCAGAUGUAUUAUAUUUUGUCCUUGAAUUUUUUUUUUUUUAAUUCUUGAAAAUUGUUUUGUCACAAAUUUUGACUGUUACAAUAAUAAGCCUCCAGUUGUA